AUGACCACUGUUCUCUCGGGUUUCAGUCGCACCCCUGACGGGGCCUCCUCAUCAUCAUCCGAAGACAUCGCCAAGGGUUCUAGUAUCGGAUUCGAGAAAGACAAAGCAAAUGUGGCUGUAACUGAAGCAUCUGUGCCACCCCUUGGUGUCCCGCACGAAGAAAAAAGAUUCUGGUUCCAAAGAGCUAGAUCAUAUGACCCAGAUGCCAUCGCAACUUUACCCAGCGUAUAUGAUGACACGGAAACAGCCAAACAGUAUCAACCUCGUGCUGAUUGGGAAAAUCUGCAUCGAUUCAAUCCGCUGGCAAGAUGGACAUGGGGUGAGGAACACAGACUCAUCAGGAAAAUUGAUUUCCGUAUCAUGGUCUUUGCGUGUGUUAUGUUCAUGGCGCUUGAGCUUGAUCGCGCCAAUCUCCAGCAAGCGAACACCGAUAACUUUCUUAAAGAUCUACAUCUUACUACUAAUGAUUACAAUCUCGGAAAUACCGUUUUCAAACUGAGCUUCUUGUGUGCAGAGCUUCCCUCUCAACUUGUGAGCAAAUGGAUGGGUCCAGACCGAUGGAUCCCCAUGCAACUGAUACUCUGGUCUAUCGUCGCGUCAUCUCAAUUUUGGUUGUCUAGCCGUGCAAGUUUCCUAGCGUUUAGAUCAUUGCUCGGUAUCCUGCAGGGAGGGUUUAUUCCGGAUAUUAUCCUUUAUCUAUCAUAUUUCUACAAGCACCAUGAACUAUCUCUCCGGCUGGGAUUCUUCUGGACCGCUAUGAGUAUCGCGGAUAUCCUUGCCGGUUUCCUUGCCUAUGGAUUGCUUCACAUGCGAGGCUUGCACGGGUAUGCUGGAUGGAGAUGGCUGUUUCUCAUCGAGGGUCUUCUCACACUCGUAGUUGGCGUGGCUGCAAUCUUCCUUAUGCCUCCAGGGCCUUGCCAAACAGCUAGCUGGGCACGUGGAAAGAAGGGGUGGUUCACCCCACGAGAGGAGGAGAUCAUUGUGAACCGAGUGAUUCGAGACGAUCCUUCCAAGGGCGGUAUGCAUAACCGACAACCCGUUACACCGAAAUUGUUGUGGAAGAGCUUGAGGGAUUAUGAUCUCUGGCCACUCUACAUCAUUGGACUUCUUUUCCAGAUCCCUAUGACCCCACCGCAGCAGUACCUCACUCUGUCUUUGCGCAGUCUUGGUUUUGAUAUAUUCCAGUCAAACUUAUUAGCUAUCCCUUGGACCGCCAUUCACAUCUUUCUGAUGUUAGGAGUCACGUACUCUGCUGAGAUUCAUAAGGAACUUACGUUCCACUCCAUGCUUGGCCAAAUUUGGGCUAUUCCAUUCCUGGUCUGGCUUGUUGUAGCCGAUGUUGCCAAGGCCAAUAAGUGGAUAGUAUGGGCUGUCAUAACUCUGUUGCUAGGCUACCCCAGUGCGCAUCCAAUACAAGUAGGGUGGAACUCCAGGAACUCGAAUACCGUUCGAUCCAGAACAGUUUCUGCGGCUUCCUAUAACAUGUUCGUCCAAGCGAGCGGGAUCAUUUCUUCGAACAUCUACCGCAAGGAUGACGCUCCAAACUACCCUCGUGGCAACAAACAAUUACUUGCAAUUGCAGUUGGAAACGUCGCUAUCUAUCUCCUCACUAAGGGGUUUUAUGUCUGGCGUAAUAAGCAACGCGAGAAGAGGUGGAACGCAAAGACCGAACUAGAACAGCUGGAGUACCUCGAGACUACAACUGACGAGGGAAAUAAAAGGCUUGAUUUCAGGUUCGCACAUUGA